CGAUGCAAUUAAAAUGAAAGAAGUGGAUUCCCAGUUAGUGGUAUGUAGAGUCUAACACACGGAGUUGAGGAAUAAAAGCGCACUGCAGAGCAACACGCGCCAUAGGAUCGCACUGCCUUCAUAGUUCCGUGAGUUUCCAAACCCAAGUCAAAGUACCACUGCGUCACUCUGCCUGCUGAGAGCAUGGUGACUUUCAAAUUGUAAAGUCUCGACGCUACCUGACAGUAAUAGACAUCCCAAUACAUGCCGAUACACAGAUCAAUGGCAAAUAAAGACCCUGCUCCUUUCCCCACUUACUGGAACCGUGGCCAAGGCACUCUAUUGACUGGUUCCAAAAGAGUUAACAUUUAUUUCUUGAUAUCUCUGGGAGAUAUACAGAAUAAAAAGAAGUAGUCCCUAAUCUACAGGAGCUAUCAUCUACUGAGGGUAGAGAAAAUACCGCAUGAACAUUCGAACAAGACGAAAGUAUUGUUUAAACCAGCAUGUGGUUAAUUGCCAGCUCUUGACUUGGCUGGUGAAUUCAGAAAGCAGGGAUGUCUGUCGGCUGAAAUGGUCAGGGAUGGCUUCACCGAGGAGGGCAAGCAUCAGUCAAGGCUUGAAGAAUAGGAAAAAUCUGAAUAAACUAAGGAAGGAAGAUGAGGAGGGAGGGAAUACCAGGCUGGGGAACAGGUGUGCAUGCAAGGAGAUGCGUUCAGAAAGUCCAUUGUAACAAUAGGGAAAGGCAGGCAAAUGACGCUUGUUGAAUAUCGACUGUGUACCAGGCGCCCCAAGCUCCUCUACAACAUGUGCUGUCUUGUUUAAUUUUCACGACUUCUUCUUUGGGUAAGUAACAUUAUUAUCAUUUUAUAAACGAAGAAAUUGAGUUCCACAUUCACACAGGUCACACAACUUGUAAGUGGCAGAUUUAAGAUCUGAGCCCAGGGCUGUCUGAUUCCGGUGCUCAUGCAUUCUCCCCGACUCCACACUGUGUCCCUAAUAAGACAACUUCCCAGAGGGGAGGGACCCCGAAGGGAAUUGUGGAGACAAACUUGGAAUACUAGAUUAGGGGCUAGAAUAUGGGUAGUCUUAAAUGUCAAGAAAUUUGAGAAAAACUUAAAGAAAGCCAUAAAUGAGAAGGAAUUUAAAUUAUCCUCUAGGGGAGUAAGUCAUUAAAAGUAACAUUUAAAGAAGAAUCCGGGAAUGAUUUGUAGGAUGAACUGGAACAGUGAGAAAAUGGAGGCUGGAGAUUUUACUGGAGGGGACGCCUAUAAUCCAGGAACAGACAAUAAUUGUCAGGGGAUGAUAGAUGAUCUGGGUAGCCCAUCCAUCCAGUAAUUCAAGCACACUCUAAACUGGCAGUGUACACGGACUGGGUCAGGAACCGGCAUUCUCUAUGGUUAUGUAACAUUUCACCCGGCCUGACUAAUAGAAACCAAAUGCAUUCAGAACGGCAAUGACAUACAUGUAGAUGAAGUUGACGACGGGCUCUUACCCAGCCCUGAUUUAUGUAAAUGGACACAAAUAAAGGAAGAAAGCUUGGAUUAUAAAAGGAAGACACAGGUCACCCCGUUAGCCUCUGCAGGCUCAGGCUUUGAAAAUGAAGGUGCUUUUGCCACUGACCUUUCUGUUUUCUAUUAGUUCUCUAGGUUUGGCAAAAGAUAGGCACUACUACAUAGGAAUCAGAGAAACUACUUGGAACUAUGCUCCAACUGGUAAAAAUAUGCUCAAUGGGAAGCCUAUUUUAGAAGAUCAAGACUAUCAAUCCCAAACAUAUCUACGGCAAGGCCGAGAUAGGAUAGGGCCUGUCUAUAAAAAGGCUUUGUACUUUCAGUAUGCCGAUGACACAUUUCAAGCAAUCAUUGAAAAACCAUCCUGGCUGGGGUUUUUAGGACCAAUAAUUAAGGCAGAGACGGGAGACUUCAUUUACGUACAAGUAAAAAAUUUUGCUUCAAGAAUCUAUGGCUUCCAUCCUCACGGAGUCUCCUACACUAAAGAAAACGAAGGUGCUCUGUAUCCUGAUAAUACUACCGCCCUGCAAAAGAAAGACGACCGUCUGGAGCCAGGGAAACAGUAUACUUACAAAUGGCAUGUGGAAGAAAAUCAGGGCCCCGGCCCCAAUGACAGUAACUGUGUGACGAGGAUUUACCACUCCCAUAUAGUCACUCCAAAAGAUGUGGCUUCGGGACUUAUUGGACCAAUUCUGACUUGUAAAAGAGGCACACUGGAUGGAGACGUCGAAAAAAAUAUCGACCGGUCUUACGUUCUGCUGUUUUCUACAACUGAUGAAAACAGUAGCUGGUAUAUCGAUGACAACAUUAAAACGUAUACUGAAUCUGGCCAAGUUAACAGCAGUGAUCCUGGCUUCCAGGAGAGCAAUCGCAUGAGCUCGAUAAACGGAUACAUGUAUGGAAAUCUGCCGAAUCUCACCAUGUGUGCAGAGGACAAGGUCAAGUGGUAUUUUGUUGGCAUGGGCGAUGGGUCUGACAUGCACCCCAUCUAUCUCCACGGACAAACGCUCAUCUCUCGGAAUCACAGGAAGGACACCAUUACUAUCUUCCCCGCCUCACUGGUAGAUGCCUUCAUGGUGGCCAAGGGUCCUGGAGAGUGGAUGCUGGACUGCCAGGUACAUGAGGCUAUGCAGGCCUUUUUCAGUGUAAGAAAUUGCCAAAAACCUUCGACAGAUCUUACUGGGACGCGUGUUGUCCGUUACUAUAUUGCUGCUGAAGAAAUUUCUUGGAACUAUGCUCCGUCUGGCAUAGAUUUCUUCACUAAAAAAAAUUUAACUGCUGCUGGAAGUGAAUCCCAGCCAUAUUUUGAACAAAGCCCAACCAGAAUUGGAGGAACUUACAAAAAACUAGUUUACCGUGAAUACACAGAUGCUUCCUUCCGAACACAGAAGGCAAGAGCAGAGCACCUGGGAAUUCUUGGGCCUGUCAUUAAGGCAGAGGUGGGACAGAUCAUCGAGGUCACUUUCUAUAACAACGCUUCCCUGCCGCUCAGCAUUCAUCCUCACGGCCUGCGUUACAACAAGAGCAACGAGGGCUCAUUCUACAGAACACCUGGAGGGGGUGCCCCUCCACCCUCCUCACAUGUAAAUCCUGGUACAACCUUUGUCUACACCUGGGAAGUUCCAAGAGAUGUGGGUCCUACCUCCACGGAUCCCAACUGCCUGACCUGGUUAUACUACUCCUCAGUAAAUGGGACAAGAGACACCCACAGUGGCCUUGUGGGGCCUCUCCUCGUGUGCAGAAAUGGAAGUCUUGGAGACGAGGGCAAACAGAAAGGAAUAGACAAAGAGUUUUACCUGUUGGCCACAAUAUUUGAUGAAAAUGAAAGUUUCCUCUUGGAUAAGAAUAUCAGAGCAUUUACCACAGAGCCUGAAAAUGUGGAUAAAGAGGAUCCAGGCUUCCAAAACUCUAACAUGAUGUACACCCUAAAUGGAUACAUGUAUGGAAAUCUGCCCGGACUGGACAUGUGCUUAGGAGACAACGUUUCAUGGCACGUCCUCAGCGUGGGAUCAGUGAGUGACCUACAUGGGAUCUAUUUCUCAGGAAAUACCUUCACUUCCUUAGGAGCAAGGGAGGACACGCUAGCUGUGUUUCCCCACACCUCCCAGACGCUUCUUAUGACACCUGAUUCCACAGGGAUUUUUGAUGUGGUUUGUAUGACAGCAGAGCACUAUACAGGAGGCAUGAAGGAUAAAUACCGAGUGAGGGAGUGUUUGGAGCCCAGCCCUGAUCAAACACAGUACCAGGAAGAGAAGACUAUUUACAUUGCGGCCGAGGAAAUUGUGUGGGAUUAUUCUCCGAGCAGGAAGUGGGAGAAGGAACUGCAUCGUUUACAAGGAGAGAACAAAACAAACAUAUAUUUGGAUAGAAUUGGGAUGUUUCUCGGGUCCAAAUACAAGAAAGUCGUAUACCGUCAAUAUGAUGACAUCACAUUCACAAAUCAAACAAAAAGAAAUGAAGAUGAAAAACAUCUGGAUAUGCUAGGUCCUUUAAUAUUUCUCAACCCUGGUCAAAAACUCCAAAUUAUCUUUAAAAAUAACGCCUCAAGACCAUAUUCUAUUCAUGCUCAUGGAGUGAAAACCAACUCUUCCACCGUUGCUCCAACACAGCCAGGAGAGAUCCAAACAUACGUUUGGCAGGUUCCUGAAAGAACUGGUCCCACCUCAAAGGACUUUGAGUGCAUACCUUGGUUUUACUAUUCAACUGUGGAUGUGGUUAAGGAUCUUAACAGCGGACUGAUUGGCCCUUUGAUCGUAUGCCGCAGAGACGCCAAAGCCAGCAUAGUGCACCGUGUUCUCCACUUCAAGACCUUUGAUGAGAACGAAUCCUGGUACUUUGAAGAAAAUAUCAAUACCUAUGCUCUAGACCCGAGCCAAGUAGACAGGAAUGAUGACAGUUUCUUCUUCAGCAACCUCAUGCACGCAAUUAACGGAAGACUGUUUGGAAAUAACCAGGGCCUGACGUUGCACGUUGGGGAUGAAGUGAACUGGUAUCUGAUCGGCAUGGGGAGUGCAUUUGACCUGCACACAGUUCACUUCCAUGGCCACAGCUUUGACUACACGGAUUCCGGAAUAUACCGCUCUGACGUUUAUGACCUUCCUCCUGGGGUCUAUAAAACUGUAAAAAUGUAUCCAAGAGAUGUUGGAACCUGGUUAUUUCAUUGCCAUGUUGGCCUUCACAUUGAGGGUGGAAUGGAAAGCACUUACACUGUGAUCGAAUGAAAAGACAUGUCUCCCUGACAUGAACGUUGACAAGUCCGUGAGCUGAAGCUGCUGAACAAGAAAAACUCAGGCAGGAACCUAGGAGGGGCUGGUUAAAGACUUUCAUUGCAAUGGACCAGGAAAACCAGCUUGAAAUAAAAGUUUUCUUGGUAAA